GACCGGAGGAGGCAGAGACCGGAAAUGGAUGAAAAUUAACCGGAAGUAAAGGAUUAGUUUUCAAGAACUGGGUUGGUACAAACGGGUCCUAGUCUCACCCUCUUGGCUCCGACCCCUCUUUACUACCCCCCCCCCCUGGAGAAAGGUUAACAGGACGGUGUGAACUCCGUAUAUAGAUAACAUCUCAGAUAUAUUCAUGUGACAAUUCUAAUCCUUGCAAAACCCGUCCUGACCCUUCUCCACCAGUUGAUCAAGGGACCCGGAGAAAACCAAACCCAAGAUUGUCAACCAGUGAAUAAAAAUGUAAAAUCGCAUCUUAGCAGAUAAUGGAGAAAAGCGAGUGAUACACCAUGGGUUUUCAGUGAGACUAAAGUGACAAAAUCGUGGGACUGAAGUCAGAUCCUGAGUCAAGAUUAGACUCAUCUUCAACCCUGAGCUAACUCCGAACCUUCAACCCCCCACUCUCCGAGUGCAGGGUGAGACAAGAUGAAUAAAAUCAUGAUCUCUCUCUCUCUUCUUCUCCCGCUCUCUCUAGCAGCUCGUAAUACCAGAUAUGUUGAGUAUCGACCUCCAGUUGUGUUUCCUAACCAAGAUUUCCUAACAGUUAGCGCAAGGUUGAAUAUAACUCUAACGUGUGAGGGACACAAGAGCGUGAAUUGGUUUCUACCGACUGGGAGUAACAGUAUAGGAGACAGGGUUUCAAUUACAAGCUCUUCUCACUCUAACAGAGAAGGGAAAUAUGUUGCUAGUCUCAACCUUAGAGAUAUGGUGUACACAGAUACAGGUACAUAUCGAUGUAGCUUCAAUGAUAGUGAAGAUGGCACCUCUAUAGAUUCUAACACUAUGAUCCAUCUCUACGUAUAUGACCAUGUUCAUCUUCUUACAAAAGAUGAUUUCGACUUUCAACAAUUUGUUCAGUAUGAUACGGCUGUUAUACCCUGUAUGACGACCCAGCCGAAUGUAACAGUUGAACUAAAGCUUCAAGAAACUAUAGUCCCUGACAAUCAAUACAUUCAAUUCAAUCCUAAG